AUGGAGAUUUUCGCAGAAAGGUCCCGAGAGGGGGCUAUCACGGUUGCUAGAGUGCCCUUGGUUUUGCAAGAAUGGGAACCCGCAUUGGAGCUAAAGAAAGAUAGCCAUUUGAUUGUGCCUGUGUGGAUUAGGCGGAGGAACCUUCCUCUUGCCUUCUGGUCUUCGCAAGGGAUCAGCAAGGUGGCUAGCGCAGUUGGCAAGCCACUGUAUGUGGACUUGUGCACUAAGCAGAUAAAGAUGCUAGCUUUUGCCAAAGUCUGUGUUGAAAUUACAAUGAAGCAACCCAUUUAUGAUGCUAUAGAAGUUGUCCACAAUGGUGAAUCAUGCUUAGUGGGGGUGGAGUAUGAAUGGAGACCUACUGCAUGCUCAGGGUGUGGAAUCUUCAGCCAUAAAUGUGCCCAUACCCCUGCUCGUCCUUCGCUGUGUCUGCCGCUUAAUAGGCUCCGGCCGUUGCUUCCCUUGUUCCCCAAGGAUAGACCUCGGCAGGCUAAGAUAGGGUGGAAUCUUGCUAAAGGGAAGAAGAAGAAGGACCCUCCUCCUAGGGAAAUUGCCUUGGCACUUCUGGUUAGCUCGGGGGAUGAGGAUCGCACAAACAAAGAGAAGGCAGCUGCAGUAGAUAGGAGUUUACCUUCUACUUCAACUUGCAAUGCCGAGAGAGGAUUGCGAAUUAUUACAAUGACAGAAGCACAUGCCCCAACAGCCGAAGAGGGCCGAUCGGUCCUGGUGAAGAUUCAAUAG